AUGUGUGUUGUGCAAGAGAUACAAGGAGAAACAGCAGACAGCAAAGAUACAGAUUUUUCAAGUCAACAAGAUCAACAAAGUAUCACGGCUGUUGUUUCCACCAGCAAAGGAUUGGCAGUGGCGUGCUCCCCCGGACUUGUUUAUUGGUUUGAGCGUGUGGAGGCUGGCGUUCAACCGAAUGCGAAUCUCCCUGGAUUGGUCCACUCGAGUGGGACUCAGCUCAAGGAGUCUUAUCGAAUGGUUCAUACCAUUCACAUACCCUUAGAUCCGGCAAGCAGUUCAGACGCGGACCAGUUAAGCAAUCAAAAAAUAACCCACUUGGUUGUGAGUCCAUCCGAAGAACUGAUGGUGGCCAGCACGGAUGCGCACCAGAUAUACUACUUUAACUUGGGCGCCAUGGAGCUGGGCCUGAAACCCUCAGAACUCGUGCCAAAGGCCAUGAUUUCGACAAAACUGAAGGGUGCGCAACUUCGGGAUGAAGUUCUGGCAUUCGAACCGAUCGCUCAGGCGUUUCAUCAUGGCCAAAUUCUGGGACUGGAUACAUGUAUAAGGAAGCCGUUAAUCGCAACGUGUGCGACGGACAGAUCAGUCCGAAUAUGGAACUUUGAGAGCAACACUCUCGAAUUAUCCAAACAGUUUGCAGAGGAGGCCUACAGCAUAGCUCUUCAUCCGACUGGUUUGUACAUACUGGUCGGGUUUAGUGACAAACUUCGUUUAAUGAACUUGCUAAUUGAUGAUAUUCGCACCUUCCAGGAGUUUCCCAUUAGAGGCUGUCGUGAGUGUGCAUUCAGUAAUGGAGGACAUCUGCUGGCAGUCGCUCACGGAAAUGUGAUCCAAAUCUUCUCAGUAACCACUUUCGAAAAUGUGACAAAUUUGAAAGGACACAACGGCAAGAUCCGCUGCAUUGUAUGGUCUAAUGAUGACCACAAACUCAUUUCCUGCGGCAUGGAUGGCGCGGUCUACGAAUGGGAUCCACAGAAAGGUACCAGAAACGGUGAAAGCGUAUUGAAAUCGUGCAGCUACACUUCCGUGACUGUGUCGGCAGAUGCAAGAGCAGCAUACGCAGUGGGGUCGGACAAAACUUUGAAGGAGAUUAUAGAUUCACAAAUCACCCGUGAGGUCUACUCACAAGACGCGCUGCUAACCACGAUAGUGCUGUCACGCUCCGGUCGAAUGUUGUUCUGCGGUUGUCAGACCGGAAACCUGCGUUCAUUCACAUUUCCGCUAAUAGGCAAAAUCGACUGGCAGGAUUUCACUGGACACUGUGCCCCAAUCACGAAAAUGAAACUGACAGCAAACGACGAAUAUCUUGUUACAGUUUCCGACGACUGCUCUGUAAUGGUUUGGAAGAUUCAAGAGCGGGACGGACGAGUGUCCAAAGGAGAAAAAGAAAUUGCAUGGGCCGAAGAGAUUUUGAUAACGAAAUCGGAUUUGGAAGAAAAGAAUACGAUAAUGUCUGAACUACAGACUCGUGUAGACGAACUGAAAAUGGAGAACGAGUAUCAGUUGCGGUUGAGGGAUAUGAACUAUAACGAACGCAUCAAGGAGUUGACCGAAAAAUUCAUACAAGAAAUGGAGACCUUGAAGACUAAGAAUCAGCUAUUGAAAUCGGAAAAAGAACGGGAAGCUGCUCAUCACGAAGCGCAACUACAAGAAAUUAUGGAGAAACAUAGUCGCGAACUUCAAGAUUUGGAGUCCGCUUCUAAUCAAAGACUGGUGGCGGAGUACGAAAAGUUCCAAGAACUACAAGGGGCAUCGCAGAAGAAGGAGGAAGAGUACGAAAAGAAGCUGAAAAACAUGGAAGAGACACGUGAAAGGGUGGUAGAAGAGUUAACCGAGUUCUAUGACUCUAAGCUGACAGAGAAGAACAAUGUGAUGGACACAAUGAACCGUGAAAUUCGAGAGCAAAGUAUAGAAUACGAUGUAACAAAACGCUUGAUUGAAGAAGACGCUGAUCGGGAAAUCCUCGAAACCAAAAUUCGCUACGAACGUCGUUUGAGGGAGGAAAGGGAGGCUAACGCCCGUUUAAAGGGCGAAUCUGGCAUAAUGAAAAAGAAGUUUGCCAGCUUGCAGAAGGAAAUUGACGAUCAUAAAGAAGAAUUAAAAAAGUUUCAUGCGGAGACACAGAAGCUAAACACAGUGAUCCGACAUUUGGAAAAAGAUAUCCAGGGGUUGCGCAAGGAGGUCCAAGAAAGGGAUGAGACCAUACAGGACAAAGUGAGUUCGGCAUAG